GGCACCCUCUGAGCCUCUCCAUGCUCCCUGCUCCCAGGUCAUGAUGACACAAACGGUGCUGAAACCCACUUAGCUGAUGCACAGCAACCAAGCUUUGGUGCCCCUGGGCAUCCCUACACAGAGGGUCACUCCCGCCCUCCCGGGGACCUGUUUUAUGGCCUGGCUGGUCCGGCCUGUGGUCAGCUCUCACUAGACAGAGUUUGUCCACACUAGAAGUGUUACCCUCACUCUAGAAACAGCAAUACUUCCACAGCAGCCUUCCCACAGCUGCCUUCCUGAUGUGGAUCUCCCUCUCCAAAACCAGAGCAGGAGGAAAGGACUCCAAAAAGAGAAGGUGCCUUCUGCUGGGUCCACCUGCAAUGGCUGCACUGUGUGCACACAGGAUCAUUUCUUUGGCUCUACCCCCGAUGGAGAGUUUUGCUGUGACUUUUGACAACCUUUCAGCAAGAUCUCAAAGUCCAGUGAGGUGGCUGUAUGAAGAGCCAGGGGAGGCUGAGCUCCAAGGACAGAGCGCUUUUCAAGCUCAUGUUGCCGCUCCUUAGUAUGUAGCUGCUCUGAAUGAGCAAACUCCACAAAAAAGAUGAAAUUUGAGGAUCUCCUGCUGGACAUCGGUGGCUUUGGAAGAUUCCAGAUUUUUAUUUUGUGUAUCUUCUGCUUACCCAGAAUCAACCUUCCCAUGCAUUUCCUGCUGCACAAUUUUCUUGCUGCUACAUUCUCUCAUCACUGUGCAAUUCCACACCAGGAGGCAUUUGCAGAUCUCACCAUGGAGGAAGUUCUGCUCAUCAGCAUCUCCUGGGAGCCCAAUGGCACUUUCAGGUCCUGUGAGAUGUUCUCACAGCCUCAGUUUCACCUGCUGCUCAAUUCCUCUCUGCAACCAGAAAACAGCUCGGUGAUCCAGCACUGCCAGCGCGGAUGGGUCUAUGACCACUCACAGUUCACCUCCACCAUCUCCACCCAGUGGGACCUGGUGUGCGAGCAGCACGGACUGAACCAGGCAACUGCAACCUUCUUCUUUGCUGGCGUGACAAUGGGGGCCAUGGUGUUCGGAUACCUCUCGGACAGGUUUCAUCCCCUUCAGGCUACGGAAAGCAUGCUCCUGCUGUUGCUUGUGUGCUCUGUCAUGUUUGGGAUGCUGAGCACUGCCUCCAUCUCCUACAGUAUGCUGGCCAUCACACGGACCCUCACCGUGGUGGCCCUGAGAGGCAUCUCCCUUAUUGUAUUGCCUUUGGAAACACAGAGCUCCAACAGGAACACUGUCUUCUCACCUCACACCACGUGGGUCCCAGAGUCUGUCCAGUGGCUCAUCACCAAUGGCAAAGUGAAACAGGCUCAGCGGCAUCUGCUGAGUGCAAGAAUGAACGGAAGGAAAGACUUCACUAUCUCACCAGAGGCCCUCAGGGGGAUGGCAACAGACAAAAAGCCAGGAGGGAAUUACUCCUACAUCAGAUUGUUCAGGACACCAGUCCUGCAGAAAAUGUCUCUGUGUUCUGGGGCUUUUAGGUCUUAAACCAGGUUUUAACACCUAUUAAUAAUGAUUUUGUAACGGUAAAGGGAACUACUGGUCAAAGUGAAGAAACAUAUUUCCUCCACAAUUAGGAAUAAAAUUUAAGGUGGAGAAUAACCAAUUAAAUCUUUGUAACCACUGGGGUUAUAUGUUGCAAGUGUGCAACACCUUGUGUAUCCUAACCUAUUGUCUGAGUGAUUGAGGGCUAGCCCAGAGAGAGAGAGAGUGUGUAUGUGAAAGACACAGUUUUACUGCAAGACAAAUAUUUUGUGGUCCUUGUGAGGGAGUCAGUUGUUAUUUGGAAAUAAUGGGAGACAAACAGAGUAAAGGAAUAUUAAAGAAAAGCCCACUGGGAUACAUUUUACAUCACUGGAAACAAAUUGCUGGUUCCCUAGGAGGAUCAUCCAAAAGGGGGAAGAUCUGAUAAAAUAUUGUAAUCAAUAGUGGCCUCUCUAUAAAUUGGAGAGUGGAGAAAAAUGGCCAGUAAAUGGAACUUUGAAUUAUAAUAUGUUGUUACAGUUAAUACUAUUUCUAAGACUAGAAAGAAAAGGGGAUGAAGUAAUACGUGCUGAUGUUUUUCACGUUAAGACAACAUCCAGAGUGACGGAAAAAAUGUGGAAUUAAUUUCACUCCAGUGGAUCCUUUAGCUUUGACAUUAGGAAAAGAUAACAAGAGCAAUAAAACAUUGAAAAAAUGUUGCUCUGCCUGUAACAUAGGGCAGAGGUGUCUAAAAUUAACCCAUGAAAAUAUAGAAGAAGAUUUUGAAAGGUUAACUGCACCUAGGUUGCAAGUUACACAUGAAAAUAAUAGUGACAUGGAAUCAGAAACAGUAGGGGAACAGACCCUACACCUGCUCCUGUUUCUAAAAGAACCAGGAGUUGACAACCAUCAAUACUGAAAGAUCUUCUGAAAUCAGCGAUUCAAGCCUCUUUGCAGAAGGCAGCAGGGAAUGAUGGUCCAAUGUUUAUAAAAGUACCAUUUUCCAUUACUGAUUUGAAUAAUUGGAAAAUAGCAGCUGGAAAUUUGAUCCAGAAAAGGUGGCAAGUGCAUUUGAAAUGAUGAUUAAAACACAAAACCCAGAUUGGCAAGAUACAGAUGCAAUAUUGCACAUAUUAUUUGACAGUACAGAAAGAUACAAGAUUCGAAGGGCAGUACUACAUUUCCCUUUGACAGAUCCCCAUGGAACCCUAAUGACUGAGAUGAUAGAAAAUUGAUAAGAUGAUAUCAAAAUUUUAUAUUAUUUGGAAUACAUAAUGCCACCCCAAAAGCUGUCAAUAUGAAAUAAAGCAAGAUAAGAAAGAGUCCCAAACAAAUUUCUUAAAUCGAUUAUAGGAAGCAACAAGGAAAUAUACCACUCUAGAUGUUGAAUCAGAAAAAGGAAAAGGGCAUUUGGCUACUCUGUUUAUUGGGCACACAUCAAAUGGUAUUAAGUGGAAACUACAAAAACUCCAAGGAAUAGAGGCGAGAGAUAUUCGAAAAAUAUUAGAUGUUGCAUAGACGGUAUGUCAAAAUAGGGAUCAACAAAGAAACACACUAAUAUUAAGUUGAUAGCAGCCUUAGAGAGCUUUUGUCUUAAGUGGUUAAGCCACAUUUUUGUUUUUGUCAUGUACUAUUUCUUGUUCUAUCCAACUUAUUCAACAUGUGGUAACUCAAAUGCAAUCUGCAACAAUGGUGAACGCAAAAGGUUAAAAAAAAUCAUACGAUCUAUACACCAUCUAGUUGGCCAACAGUUAUAGAUACUAUCUAGGAUUCUUUCAUUUUUAUUUUAACUUUUACUAUAUCAAUAUAAGGUUUAAAGACUAUAGAUAAUUUUAGAUAUUUUAGGCUGUUUAUAAGUAUCAACAACUCACAAGAUAAGCCAUAAGGUGGGAAGGAAGGCAAUAAAGAUUUGCACAAGAGCUUACAAUAAAGGAAAUCUUUGCUGCAAAAGCAAAAAAGAAAAAGCUGAAAAAUGGAAAGAUCACAUCACUUUGCUGCACCUGCUGCUGCGGGGCUCCUCCUACCAGGGGCUCUACGAGGGUGAUGGCCACCCCGAUACACUCAACAGCUUGCUCCAGCCUAGUUUGCAAUCCUGGUAAAAUCCAGGCGUUCCCUCUUUUUUGGAGGCUUUCCAAAGGCAAAAGGUGUCGGGCCAGGCAUGCUGCUGACAUGACAGUGCUGUCACUGGCCGUCUUUGCUUCAUGAGGUUCUCCCCAUGAUUCACAAAGUCCAGGAAGAGAAACUGAAGGCUAAUGGUGGCUGCGGGGAAAAGCUCUGCUCACGGGGUUUGUCCCUCCACUGCGGGGAGAUGGACCUGCCAGAGCCCGGGGUACUUGCCGGAUAUGCAGCCUAUGCACGUACAACAGGGCUGGGGGAUGCAGCAGCAGCAGGGCUUGUAAAUGAGUGUGUGGGGUCUCAGCUGCCGCGCAAGGGGCUGGGGCCACCACCUGCCGGGGACACACAGCCCUCUGGCCACGUGCGACACUCCACCAGCUCCUGUCCCGCAAGGGACUGCAGGCAGUGAUGGAGGGGUGUCACCGAGCCACCCACCGAAUCUGGGGAGGCGGGGGUGGUCCUUCUCAUGGCUCACCGUGACCCCCCGAAGGUGCUCAGCCCAUUUCUGCAAUGAGCACUGACGAGCUCAGCACUGAUGGGUGCCCCACGUUCUGGGAGCGGCAGCCCUUGCUUGCUCAGCAGAGCCCCAGAGAGCUCGGUGCCUCUGGACAAGGGUGGGAGGCAGGUCUGGAGGGGGGUGGGGGGUGGGGGGCUCUCAGCUUGCCGUUCCCUCAGCCAGAAUUCAGCAGGACCCCUUUUUCUUGCCUGAUCAGAGACAGGUCACGCACAUACCCCACAGCCCAAGUGUGAUUUGCACAUCCCUUCUCCAUCAUGACCCCAAAAGCUGCAGUGCUGGGGGGACAGGACACGUGUCUACCCAGUCCUGCCUGCGUGGAGUCUGGUGUGUCUAACAUAGAGGUUGAGCACACACUGACAUCUCUAGGAACAAAACGGAGACGGGUCUGGCCUUCAUCCCCCUUCCUGGCCUUGGUUCUUCACACACCCCAGAGGCAUCAAGUACUUUGGGGGCCUUUUCCCCCCACCAGCUCCUCAAAUCCCGCUGAUGUCAGUGCCGGGCUCAGCAGCUUUAUUGUGAGGAGGCAGGCACCGAGCUGUGACGUGGUCUCUGCCAUUUCCUAAGAA